UCCACUAGUCCAGCUCCUCAGUAGAAGUGCGGCUCAUGUAGAGGAAUCAAUCAUGAGAGAGUAGCUAGCAUGUCUUGGAAACUAUUGUAAAUGGCUCCUCUAAAAAGGAAAUUAUUCCAGCGUUUGCUGCUCUUUGCUAUUUUUCUUCCAAUCUCAGGUGUUUUAAGCUUUAGUGAGUUAUUUUUCGUCAAGGAGCCCCAUGAUGUCACUAUCAUGCGGAAAGAAGCGGUUAUUUUGGACUGCCAGGCACGUGGAGAGGCACCAAUUGACGUUAGAUGGCUCAGGAAUGGAGCCAGAAUAGUGGAAAACGAAAGGGUGUACCUGCUCUCCAAUGGCUCCCUUUUUAUUUCUGAGGUGGAAAGCAGAAGAGGAGAUAAAUCAGAUGAAGGGUGCUAUCAGUGCCUUGCUCAGAACAAGUAUGGAACAAUCCUGAGCCAGAAAGCCCAUCUUACAAUCGCAAGUAUGUCCUCUUUUGCACUCCAGCCGAUGUCCGUGGUGGUGUCCGAAGGCUCGGUUGCCAGGUUUUCCUGUAAAAUCACAGCACACCCUCCUCCCAUCAUCACUUGGGAGUUCAACCGGGUCACAUUACCCCUCUCCACUGACAGAAUUACAGUCCUUCCCAGCGGUGUUCUUCAGAUACAAGGUGUGCAGCGGGCAGAUGCUGGGCACUACCGCUGCAUAGCCACCAACAUCGCUAGCCGGCGGCGAAGCAUCGAAGCCACUCUUACUGUUACCCCAGCUCCCGGUCCUAUUCUUCCUCAGAGGCCUCGUUUCAUUGCUGGGCCACAGAACAUCUCUGUAUCGCUGCACCAGAGUGCCAUCCUCGAGUGCCUAGCCACAGGAAAUCCCCAACCCCUCAUCUCCUGGAGCAGAGCAGACAGCAAGUCUAUCGAUGUUUACAACACCAAAGUGCUGGGCAAUGGUAACCUCAUUAUCACCGACAUCAAGCCCCGACAUGGCGGAGUCUACAUGUGUAGAGCCACUACUCCAGGCACACGUAAUUACACAGUUGCUUCGGCCAACGUCACCGUUCUUGCACCUCCAUCCUUUGUGGAGUGGCCAGAGAGCUUGACACGGCCACGGGCUGGCACGGCUCGUUUCGUGUGCCAAGCUGAGGGGGUUCCAGCUCCAAGGAUAACGUGGUUCAAGAACGGAAACAAAGUUCACUCCAAUGGUCGCAUCAAAAUGUACCACAGCAAACUAGUCAUCAACCAGAUUAUCCUGGAAGAUGAUGCCAUUUAUCAGUGCCAGGCAGAGAAUGAGCUGGGAUCAGUCCUGUCCACGGCGAGGCUCAUCGUGGUGAUGUCAGAGGACCGACCGAGCGCACCCAGAAAUAUCCGAGCUGACACUGUCUCGAGCUCCGCCAUCCUACUGGCCUGGGAGAGACCUCAGUAUAACUCGGAUAAAGUUAUUGCAUAUUCAGUGCACUACAUGAAAGCUGAAGGACUAAACAACGAGGAAUAUCAAGUUGUCAUCGGAAACGAUACCACGCGCUACAUUAUUGAUGAUCUGGAGCCAGCUCGCAACUACACCUUCUAUGUGGUGGCAUACAUGCCCAUGGGAGCCAGUCGCAUGUCGGACCACGUGUUCCAGCACACGCUUGAGGAUGUUCCUCUGCGGGCGCCAGAGAUCAGCCUCACCAGCCGUAGCCCCACUGACAUCCAUGUGUCAUGGCAGCCUCUUCCAAUGAAGCUGAGCCGUGGGAGGGUUUCAAGCUACCGCCUGUCCUAUCGAACCAGUUCAGAGAGCACAGUAUCACAAGUAGAUCUGCCUGGAGAGAAGACUCAGCAUCUCCUGGAAAACUUGCAGGCCGACACCAUCUACCUUCUGCGACUCGUUGCUGCUACCAGUGUAGGAUGGGGGGAGCAGUCUUCCUGGACGUCUCACCGCACUCCAAAGGCAUCUGGUGCCAAAGUUCCACUUGCCCCUGAGCUUUAUCUGGAGCCUCUGAACUGCACCACCAUUUCAGCUCGCUGGCAUCUUAUGCCCAAAAACUCCGCCAGUGUGCGCGGCUACAAGCUCUUCUACCAUGAGGAGAGUCAGCCAGAGAGUUCCCCUCUUCAGCUGCAGGCCUCUGCUUAUAAACACACCAUCGGCGGCCUCGACCCAAGAAAGAAGUAUCAUGUCAAGCUGCUGGCUUACAGCGCGGUUGGAGAUGGGUACCAAGCAGAUCAGACCAUCAGCACCCCUGGAUGUGUCUCGGUGCGAGAUCGCCUCGUGCCACCGCCACCGCCUCCUAACAACGUGCAGGCCAGGUCCAACAGCUCCUCGGCUGUGUUACUGUACUGGGGCCGUCCAGCCUUCACCUCCACCCAUGCAGUCAACUACACUGUCCGCUGCAACCCUGUAGGACUGCAGAACGCCUCACUCGUCCUCUAUCUGCAGACAGGUGAACAGAGGCUUCUUGUGCGUGAUCUGGAGCCAAACACUAAGUAUGAAUUUGCUGUACGCCUUCAUAUUGACCAGCUUUCCAGCCCCUGGAGCCCUGUGGUUUAUCAGAGCACUUUCCCUGAAGCUCCUACUUUACCUCCUUCCAACAUCAAAGUGACUUUGAUUGACGAGGACACAGCGCUCGUUUCAUGGAAACUACCUGAUGAACCAAACGUAGCUGUAUCCCACUACACCAUACUGUAUGCCUCACGAAACGCCUGGAUUGCUGGUAAAUGGCAGGUGCUGCAAAGAGAAGGGAGCAUCACCAUGGCGCUGCUGGAGAACCUGAGUCCAGGACAGGUUUACCUGGUCAAAGUCUCUGCAUCCAAUGACAUGGGAGAUGGACCAUUUUCUAACGUCGUUGAGCUGACAGUGAAAGCAGAUACCUCUAAUGGUCACCAUGUUGGACUCUCCAGUGGCUCCACUCACUCCACAGGUUUUUCUGAUGGCUUCUAUCACCUGGACCAAAGGUCAAUGACAGGUAUCAGUGUGGGAGUUUGCAUCGCUCUGACCUGCAUCAUUAUCUGUGCGUUCAUCAUUGUGUGCAGAGGCAAAAACAGGAAACUAUCAGCUGUGAAAUCCUACAGAGAAGGAUUACGCACAUCUGGUGCAGCUGCAAUACAUGUAGGAGCUGAGGGCGAAGUGCAGAACGAUGAAGUGAGCAUUCCUAUGAUGAGUCAAGGUCAUUUCAUUGAUGCAAAGGGUGGAACCAAUCUUAUCAUAAAUUCUAACGGGCCUGUUCAGUCCUGCAAUGACAAGAAGAAGAAAUGGUCUUUCUUUAGAGGUGAAGGGAAACAGGACAGCAUAAAUUUGCAGAACAAGAGGAAUGGUACACUUUCCUACCUACCAGGAGCCACGGUGUUGACCUACAAAGAAGAGCUUUCUUCAAACCACUCCACUACCAUGCAGGAGCUGCUUGGCCAUCCUGGCGAUGCAGAAGGAUCUUCCAACAGCGAGGGCAGCCACGAAACAGGAGAUUCAGGACGCUUCUCUCAUGACGAGACGGAGCUGACCAACUCAGGUCCCAACAGCCGCCCGCCGUCUUUGACGGAGGAGGACGGCGGAGACUUGGACUGCGGCUGUCCUUCUACAGAGCCAAGCGAGUCUUUGCCGAGGAGUCCGGCUGAGCUGAAAUUAAAGGGGUCUGUUGAUGGCGUCUACGGCCCAGAGAUAUUCUCAGAGUGAAAUCAGUGUGUAGCCAAGUCUGUGAGGCUGAAUGUAGGUGUGAGUGUAUUUGAGGUAGUGAGGGAGUGUAUGUUGUGCAGGUGAAAAGUAGAUUUACACAUUCUUUGCCUCAUCUGGAUCAUUUGGUGAUUAUGAGCUACCAAACUGUGAAUACUUUACUUAGACAAUGGUAACAAAAUCCAGCCAGAAUCCCACUGGAGGCUCCACUGAUGACGCAGCAAUAAUAUGAGUUUAUCUGGGAAGAACAUCAACAUGAUACCUGAGAUUAUGUUACCCUUGCGCUUUGCUAGGUUUAGAUGAUCAGAAACUGACCAGAAACGCCUGCUAAAAUGAUCACAAUGACUGAGAGUAUGUGUGAAUGAGUUGUGUGAGCUUGCAUUUAUUUCUGUUUUGUUGCUUCUUUAAAUUAUCUACAGGAAGCCAACUAAAACAAAAAUGAUUUUUUUUUUCUUUACUGUCUGUUUUUUUUUUUUUAGGUUUUUUUUUUGUGUUGAGUAUGUUUUGGAACAAAAAUCUCACCCACCAUGAAUGUUAAAAAGGUCGUCUUGAAUGUCAAAAAAAUUAGGCAUUUGGGAGAUUAUUUAUGAGAGUUUAUCACUGGAGCAGAAGGGAAGUGUGAAUCCUUUUUUGCUGAUUUAUCUACCUCGGUUUGUCUAAGGGCAAACCUUCAAUAUUUAAUAACUCCUUUUUUUUUCUUCUUUUGUUUUUUGUGAUGUGCUGCUUCAGCGUCACCGCUUGUACUUCCUGAUGACUCUUUUGUCUGUUAGUAAUCCCCUUUAUGUUGUCAGUUUGUGUUGGAUUCGGCGAAUGAUAAGGGCACUGCAGCUACCUCCUCUCGCUCCACCCGGUGUGUGGAAAUGAAGUUUUUUUUAAACUACACACCCUUUUUUUCUAGUUUCACCCCCUCAGAUGUUGCUGAGGUACUGAGCCAGUAUUAAUAAUAUAUGUGUUCAUUUUUGUCCCCGUUACUGAUGAUGGGUGUGAGAGAAAUGAUGAAUGUCAGCGUGUGUUCUGCAUGUCGGUAUGCAGUCUGCCCCUUUUUUUGUUUGUGUUUUAUACUACCUCGUUUAAGAGUUGCUUUUAUUGUCCUCUUCUUUUCUCAAACUCAGGGAACAAGGUUUAGUAAGUUUAAAAAAAUCAUGUAGUAUUACAUGGUGAACUGACAGGGUAUCAUAGUACUGAACUGUUUUAUUGUUAUGUUGCUUUUAUAGAAAAUGUAUUGAAUGUACCUCUUAACGUUGUGAUCCUGCAGCUCAGACGUUAGAUAGAGCCCCCCCCCCCCCUGCAGUGUGUGUUUUUACAAGCUCCUGUGUUCAUUUGAUUUGUGUAAACAUUCACACCAGAAGUGCUUGCAACAGCAUAUCCGAAUAGAAAAGCUUUAAUAAUUGGCCUUAAUGUAGGAGGGAGGAGCCCCAUGUGAGGAUGCGACACAUGAAGAAUGAUUGUAGUGGAAAGUGUUUAAUCAGAGACUGAAUUGAAGAAUGAACACUGAAAUGUUUUACCUCUAAAAAAAAGUCUAUUUUUCUUAGAAGAUGCUAUACUUUAGAGGAGUACACUGCGUAGUAACUUUAUAGUUUGUUUUCUCUGCUAGCCUAGGUGAUGAUAAGCACUUGUCCGCCACGUAGUUUAUGCUGAGGGCAAAUAUGCAGCGGUGACUGUGAAGCUAAUACCCAAAGAGUUGUUUGCUGAUUUUUUUGUUCUAUUUGAGGCAUCUCAGCUGAUCUUUGGAGAAUGGAGAAGUAAUCAAAACAGACCAAAGAGGAAUGGUUGCUUCAGAGAUCAGCUGAGGUGCUUCUCCUCAAACAAAGCCUUGCACAUUAGUGGCCUUGGCCUGCGACCAAUAAGUCCUGAGGGUCGUGGGCUGAAACUCUGAGGAAGUGUCCAGCUUCAAUGGAGGGAUUUUUAAUAAUCAAAAUUAUGCACACUGAUUACAUUUUCCUUCUGCUGAGUUCCUCAUAAGCAGUUGCAAACAGAUGUAGGUGAUUUUAAAAGAUUUUAUUGAUUAGUGUCUGUGUUGCAGCUGCGCAGUUGCAUGGAAAUGUGCCCCCUAUAAUUGUCCCUCACAGUAAUUUAAAGAGAAUACUUAAUUCAAUAGAAUAAAUGUUUAAAUAUGUGAUUUUAUUCCGAUUUAUUGUCUAUAUUUUGAUAAUGUAUCUUUUUAAAGAGGUCACAAAAAAUAAACGGAGUGUUUCUUGUGGCUGGUGAUAAUGUAGACAGUGUGGGUGCACAUGCUUUGUCGUGCUUCUGUGUUUUUAAUCAGAGGACUCUGCAGAGGAUUCAAUCAUAUGAGAAGAGAAGAGACACAAUCAGUUUUAAUUUCUUUUCAAAGGCAAACAAUAUGAACCAAAGAUUUUAUUUCCUAAUCCUCACCGCUGCAUAUUGGCCCAAAGUUCAGAUAAUAUCCCAUCCUCGUGUCAAACGUUAUUAUCAGUGUUUUAAUGUUGUUUUUGUCUUUAUAAUGCGUUUUUUUUCUGUGAAAGAGCAUUCUGUAAACAGUCUUUAUUUCUGAUUUGAUUUUUUUGCGCUUUUUAAAUCAGUUGAAAAUGUUGUUUCACAUAAAAAAAACAGUUUGUUUUAAUUCCAAUUUCUUUGUAUUUCAUGUAUUUAUGAGGCUUAAAGGACCCAACUUUGGAUCUGACAACCUUUGACUUUUUUCUAAUUCCACAGCUCUAUAAAGCAAGUUAUGCAGUCACAGAGAUAACCUCCUUGUUUCAAACAAAUAUAUAACUGUUAUGUAUCCACAGAGGUCAUAGUUGGGUCCUUUAAAGCAUAUGUAGGUGAACAAGUGCUACCUCAGAUGUUUGAUCUGUCCUAUUUUAGUUUUCAGUGCUGAACGUUUGCUGCUCUUCAUCCCAUUAAAGGUGUUAUGUUGGAAUGAUGUUCCUGUCCGAGGAUGUGAAUUUAAAUGGAAAAAACUCAGAGUGACCCGCUCUCUUUUCCCUUUUUUCCGAUCGUAGGAGCACUGUGGGUCAUUUACAGUUUCACUCAGGGGGACCCACAGUCACUCCUCAAUCAAAAAAAAAAAUGGUCUCAAGCUUUGAAAUUGAAUGUAUUGUUUUCUAAUUAAUAUGCUAUGUGAUAUUUACAGUUGUUUUGUUAUGUUUGUCAUUAAAACUACUUGCAAGUUGUUUCUUUUUGGGAAAUUAUUUAGAAAGAAGAGUUUAGACAAUUGCCUUACUAUCAAAAAUUCUGAUUCUCAGUUUAAAUAAAAGUAUGAAAAUCCCUAAA